GACGUUGUAAUGGACGACUUAUUAGACAACACCUUUAUGAGCCUCAAAGAAAAUUUCAACAUUGACAUCAAGUUCAUUGUCAAGUACGUAGACGAUAUAUUUGCUAUUAUAAAACGAAACGACGCGGAUAUAAUUCUUAAAACACUCAACGAAUAUCAUCCUAAAUUACAAUUCACGAUGGAAUCAGAGAACAAUUUACGUAUACCUUUUUUGGAUGUCAUGAUCCACCGAAAAAGUAACGCCAUUCUUCUUGACUGGUACUCAAAGCCUACUUCCUCUGGGCGUCUAAUAAAUUACUUAUCUUCGCAACCUUUGAAAUACAAAAUUAACACAGCUAGAAAUCUAAUCCACAAAGUACUAACGAUAAGUCACCAACAAUUUAGAGACACGAACAUAAAGAAAAUAAACAAAAUUCUGGUAAGCAACAACUACCCACACCACUUAAUACAAAGCCUAAUAAAACAGAAAACGUCAGAAAUAAACAACGAAAUUAAGAGAGUACCGGACACGAAAACACCCAAUGACAACAAGCGAUAUUAUAGUGUCACAUACAUCCCUCGCUUUUACCAACAAUUUAACGAUGACAUAAACACCAACAACCUUAAUGUAACGUUGGCGUACCGAUCAAACUGCACACUUUCUUCGAUCUUUACCAAAACAAAAACGCCACUACCGCCCCAGCAGCAAAGCAACGUGGUAUACGAAAUAACUUGCAAAGGAAGCAAAAACGAAAACUGCAACAAAGUUUAUAUAGGAACGACUAAGAGAGCAUUGGGCGUUCGUCUGUCAGAGCACGAAGCAGAUAUAAAGAAAAAUAAGCAAAGCACAGCUUUGGCGCAACACAUACAAGAUAGUGGUCACACAGCUGAUUUAGCCAACGUCAAAAUAUUAGACAAGGAACGGAGGGAAAAAGCGAGAUUCACUAUAGAAAGCCUACGAAUAUUACAGAAAAGAGAAAAAACAAUUAACAAGAAGGAGGACACGGAUGAUAUCGCGGCUGCUUAUAUGCUAUGCUUGUAAUAAACAUUUAGUAUGACGAGAGUACCACACAGCGAUGGUAUCAAUAUUUUUAAUAAGUUAAUGUUUAAUGUUCACUGUUCAAUACGUUUCAAUGUUUUUGGUGUUCAAUUUUUCAAAAUAUUUCCAAAUGUCCAGUGUAAAUUAAAUCUUAACUAUGAAUGCGCCCCUGAAGAUGCUAAGGUGAUUAGCGAAACGUUGGGCAAAACGUGAAGAAAAAAGUGGUUUUCUUGCACACGAAAGUAAUCGAUCGACUAGCCUACAACAACAACAAUAAUAUAUAUUAAAUUCGAU